AUGUCGCAGCAACAAGACAACGGCGCGGCCCUCACGGCGCCCCACGAGCCGCCCUACACCUUCACAGCAAACCAGGGCUAUGGGCCCUCCGAGGCCACGCCCUCAAGUUUUGCCAACACCAACCGACAAAACGGCCAGCUGGCUCUCGAUGCGGACGACGAUGACGACCUCGACGACAUUUUCGCCGACGAGGACGACGAGACGGAAGAGUGGGACCCCACCGCGACCGACCUGACCAAGAACUACAACCGCCAGCGCCAGCUCCAAGACGGCUCCUCGCCGGCGGUGCCCCGCAACAACGCCCAGAAGCCCAAGGCCAACACGUUCGCCAGCGUCGACGACCAGAUCUCCGCCCUGUCGAAGCACGCCGCCAAGAUCAGGCUGGACGACGUCAAGCAGGGCCAGGACAAGGACAAGGACAAGGCGGACCGGGCGACGAGCGAGCUGGUGCUCGACCAGAGGACGCGCAUGAUCCUGCUGCAGAUGAUCAACAACAACGUCGUCAGCGAGAUCCACGGCGCGAUCAGCACGGGCAAGGAGGCCAACGUCUACGGGGCCGUCGCGUACACGGACGCGGGCGCCGCGGUCCAGAGGGCGGUCAAGAUCUACAAGACGGCGAUCCUGGUCUUCAAGGACCGCGAGCGCUACAUGACGGGCGAGCACCGCUUCAAGUCCGGGCCCGAGAAGGGCAACAAUCGCAAGAUGGUCAAGAUGUGGGCGGAGAAGGAGUUCAGAAACCUGCACCGGCUGCGGUCCGCCGGCAUCCCCUGCCCCGAGCCCAUCAAGCUCAAGCUGCAUGUCAUGGUGAUGAGCUUCCUCGGUGACCGGAAAGGCUGGGCCUACCCCCGGCUUCGAGACGCCAAUAUUGUAGGCGCUGACGUGGAGCAGCAGUGGAGGAGUCUGUUUAUCCAACUUGUGGCGACCAUGCGGCGGAUAUACCAGGUGUGCAAGCUUGUGCACGCCGAUUUGAGCGAGUACAAUAUUCUGUAUCAUGACGGUACGCUCUACAUCAUCGAUGUGUCUCAGAGUGUCGAGCAUGACCACCCGAGGUCGCUUGAAUUCUUGCGGAUGGACAUCAAGAACGUCGGUGACUACUUCAGGAGGCAAGGUGUUGACACGUUGGCUGACCGUACCAUCUUUGACUUCAUUACGGCACCCGAGGGCACUAUCGAGAUGGCGGAGAUGACGGAGGCUAUCGAGCAGCUUUACAUCUCUCGGCCUCAGGCCGCCACUACCGAGGAGGGCCUUGCUGAGCUGGAGGUUGACAACGAGGUCUUCAGGAAUCAGUACAUUCCUCAGACCCUGGACCAGGUGUACGACAUCGAGAAGGAUGUGCAGCGGGUAAAGGAAGGUGAGGGUCAGGAUCUGGUCUACCGCAACCUGUUGGCCGACCAGGUUGUCUUGCCUAAGAAGGAGGGUACAGAGGAGCAAGACGGCGCUAGCUCAGACGAUGAGUCCGGCAGCGGUGCUGCGCUUGACAGUGACGAGGACAGCGACGACAGCGGAGAUGAGAGUAGAUUCGAGAAGGGAAGGCCGAGGGGGAGGAAGCAUGAGGACAAGGACGAGAAGAAGCAACACAAGCAAGCGGUGAAGGAGGCGAAGCGUGAGAAGAGGAAGGACAAGAUCCCGAAGCAUCUCAAGAAGAAGCUGGUCACGUCGACGUCAAGGAAGAAGAAAUAG